AUGGUAGGGUUACCUGCCAGAGGCAAGACAUAUAUUUCCCAAAAAGUUUGCCGAUACUUGACCUGGCUCAGUAUCAAGACAAAGGUGUUCAAUGUGGGAAACUAUCGUCGUAAGCUUCAUGGGGCCAACAUGCCACAUACAUUUUUUGACCCACACAACUGCAUUGGCGAGCAACAUCGUCGGGAGGCUGCAGCAGCAGCAAUGGAAGAUAUGAUCCGGUGGUUUAAUGAAGAGCAGGGCGUGGUGGCUAUCUAUGAUGCCACGAACAGCACGAUUGCUCGUCGAAAAUGGCUGCACGAAUCGCUCUCCAAACAAGACAUUAAGGUUCUGUUUAUCGAGAGCAUCUGCCAGGACGAAUCUCUGAUCAUUGCAAAUAUCAAGGAGGUCAAGCUGUCUUCGCCAGAUUAUGCUAACGUGGAUCCCGAAGAUGCAGCCAUUGAUUUCCGGGCCCGUAUCGACCAUUACAAGGAGCAGUAUGAGACCAUUACGGAGGAAAACUAUACGUAUAUCAAACUUAUCAACGUCGGCUCUCAGACGAUCAUUAACAUGAUCCAGGUCUAUCUUGAGUCACGGAUUGUGUAUUACCUGAUGAAUCUGCAUAUUGCUCCCCGCAAGAUAUACUUUAGUAGACAUGGUGAGUCUCAAUUUAAUGUACAAGGCAAGAUUGGUGGAGAUUCGUUCUUGUCACCCAGAGGAGAGCUCUAUGCGGCAAAGCUGCCGGGUUUGAUUAGUGAUAACCUGGGUGGUAAGCCUUUGACGGUAUGGACCUCCACCAUGAACCGCACCAUUCAGACUGCUGCUGGUUUGCCAUACCCAAAAAUGCAGUGGAAGGCAUUAGACGAACUGGAUUCUGGAUUGUGUGAUGGAAUGACUUAUGAAGAAAUCGAGCAAAAAUACCCAGAGGAUUACGCCAAUCGUGAUGAAGACAAGUUUAAUUAUAGAUACCGUGGUGGAGAGUCCUACAGAGACGUCGUACUGCGACUGGAGCCGAUUAUCAUGGAGUUGGAGCGCCACGAGAAUAUUUUGAUUGUUGGGCACCAGGCCAUCCUACGAUGCAUUUAUGCGUACUUUAUGAAUUAUGACCAAGACGACCUGCCAUAUCUCAAGAUCCCUCUUCACACCGUCAUUGAGUUUACGCCAAAGGCCUAUGGCUGUGAAGAGAAGCGCUACAAAGGUAAAUCAAAUAAGAUUUAUUGA